AUGGCUGACAAUAUCUUCGUGGACGCCCGAAAGGGCUCUCUGACUUCCACCAAGCUAGAAGCCUACCUCGCCAGCGGUGUUGACAUCAACGCCCAAGACCCCAAGACUGGCUUCACACCUCUUGGUAUGGCAGCUAAGUACGGCCGUCUCUCAGUCGUCAAUCUCCUCCUCGACAAGAAUGCCAACCCCAGAGCUAUGAGCAAGCCUGGCAUGACCCCUCUGUAUAUCGCUGCCAACGGCAACGGCGACAGAGUCAGCGUUGUCAGGACACUUCUUGACAAGGGUGCUCAAGUCGAUGAGACGAGCCCAGAAGUUGAUAAUGAUACUCCUUUGAUGGUGGCCAUUACUCACGCCAGAGACCCUGUUGUUGUGAACAUGCUCAUCAACGCUGGAGCGUCACUUUCGGUGAAGAACACCAAGGGUCAUACGGCAAAGGAACUGGCUGAACAGUCAGGUAAUCCUGCUAUUCAGGGUGCUGUCUCACCACCUGGGCAACAGAUGGCAGGUCUUCCUGAGUUGAUUAAUGCCUUGGUGAACUUUGUCUUGUUCAUCUUAGCAUAUGUGAACAGUGGCGUCAUUAACGGUGUCGUCAAAGGUGUGGUAUCUAACUUGUACCAUAUUGGACAACCUCCGCCAGACCAGACUUUGGCUCAGGAUCUGGAUAAUCCUACCACUAUAGAUGAUUUCAAGGCGGGAGUCGAGAAGUAUGUUGAGGACAGUGACCUCGGACAAUUCUUCGCGCCUGGCAAUCCUUACCUGCAAAAGGUUGCUGAAAAGGCAAUUGAGCUACAGAAUGACCCAAGCAAUCACCUCAAAGAACCCGAGCAGAUGAAAGGCCUGGUCAAGCUUGCUUUGUAUCAGCCAAUCUUCUACUGCGAUGACAGUGGCUCAAUGCAAGCCAACGUACUCGACGCCGACGGUAAAGUCGUCAGCACAAGAAUGGAAGCAAUGAGAGGUCUAGUUCAGCGCAUGGCCCGCAUCGCAACACGUCUUGUACCAGAUAACUCAGGUGCUCAUCUGCGCUUCAUCAACAGCGACGAUCAGGGGAAUGACCUGACUGCUGAUCAGAUUGAUGCUCGUAUACAGUUCCAACCAGGAGGUGGUACCAACAUCGGCACAAACCUGAAGAAAAAGGUUCUAGAGCCUCUGGUCUUUAAGAAGCUCGAUCAGGAUGGCAAGCUGGACAGACCGUUUCUUGUUCUCACUAUCACGGAUGGUGAGCCUAGUCCUGAGCCUGUUGAUACGUUCAAGAAGACAAUUGAGGAGUGUGGACGACGGCUUGAGCAGAAGGAUUAUCCCCAGGAAUCAACAAUGUUUCUCAUCAGCCAAGUCGGCAACGAUCCGCAUGCUGACAAGUUCCUCGACUCACUCUCAGGUGACACUGCAAUUGACCGUGUUCUCUUCCGCAGUUCUGGUACGUAUUGCCUUGCUCAAGAAGGACCCACAAACUAA